AUGGCCCUGCCGGUGCCCGGCUACUCGCCCGGUUUCAAAAAGCCGCCCGAGACCCUGCGGCUGCGGCGGCGGAGGGCCCGGAGCCUGGGGGCCCGGCUCUCAGCCGGGGGGCGGCCCGAGCCCGAGCCCCGCCGAGCCGCUCUGGCGGCCGGGCUGCCCCUGCGCCCCUACCCGGCGGCGGGCAGGGGCGGCGGCCCGGGCGCGCCCGGCAGGAACCCCUUCGCCCGCCUGGACAACCGGCCGCCGGCCGCCGCGGAGCCUCAGGACCGGCCGCCCGGGGCGCCGGGCGCGACUUCACAGAGAUCAUUCUCCGAAUCUGAUAUGCCGUCCUCAGGAAGUGCAGAGUUACCUGUGGACUGGAGUAUUAAAACUCGACUCCUUUUCACCUCUCCUCACCCCUUCACCUGGGCAGAUCAUUUGAAAGCACAGGAAGAGGCUCAGGGAGUCGUCCAGCAUUGCAGAGCAACAGAAGUCACUCUGCCUCCCAAUGUACAGGACCCCAAGCUCUGCACGGAGCUGCGCUGUGCUUUCCAGCAGAGCCUCAUCUACUGGCUCCACCCCGCCUUCCCCUGGCUCUCCCUGUUCCCGCGGAUUGGAGCUGACCGGAAAAUGUCUGCAACAAGCCCUUGGUCAAAUGAUGAAUCUCUACAACACAUUUUAAUGAGUGACUGGUCUGUGAGCUUCACCUCUUUAUAUAAUCUUCUGAAGACAAAACUUUGCCCCUAUUUCUACGUUUGUACCUAUCAAUUUACUAUCCUGUUUCGUGCAGCAGGAUUAGCCGGAAAUGAUGUAAUCACGGCUCUCAUAUCGCCUACAACUAGAGGUAUAAGGGAAGCUAUGAAAAACGAAGGUAUCGAAUUUUCUCUGCCGUUAGUAACAGAAAGUGGCCACGAGAAGAAGAGAGCAGCUGGAACAAUCGUGGCGCCUGGGGAGGAGCAAGCAGUCAGUGAUGAGGAUGAAGAAGAAAGUUUUUCCUGGCUGGAAGAGAUGGGUGUGCAAGAUAAAAUUAAAAAGCCAGACAUACUCUCUCUCAAGCUGCGAAAAGAGAAACAUGAAGUACAGAUGGAUCACAGGCCUGAGUCUGUUGUGUUGGUGAAGGGAGCAAACACCUUUACAUUGCUCAAUUUUUUGAUCAACUGUAAGAGCUUAAUCGCUGCUUCAGGUCCACAGGCAGGACUGCCACCAACUCUCCUGUCCCCGAUAGCUUUCCGAGGAGCCACCAUGCAAAUGCUUAAGGCACGAAGUGUAAAUGUGAAGAAGCAGUGUGUUUCUGGAUACAAAGAUCAAUUCAGCUUGGAAAUCACAGGUCCCAUCAUGCCUCAUUCUCUACAUUCUGUGACCAUGCUGCUCAGGUCCUCACAGAGUGGGUCAUUUUCUGCAGGACUGUAUACCCACGAGCCAACCGCUGUGUUCAACAUCUGUCCCCCAGUGGACCACGUCCCGGGAAAGGAGAUUGUUCGUGAGGAGCUUGCUAACUGUGGGUUGCACCCUAAGACUCUGGACCAGCUUAGCCAAACACCAGUACUGGGGAAAUCCUCCUUACGGAAUGUGGACAUGAGUGACUACCUUUAUAAUUGGAGAUCCUGA